GACGUCGAGGAAUUGACUCCUGCAGAAGCCGACGCGUUCGAGGCUACUCUGAGGGAUUGGUUCACACAGCUACGGUCGCUCCCGCCGCCCUCGGAAGUCAUCAGUGGGUUCGACUCGGAUGGCUCAGCCUGUUGGGCUUUCGCACGGCACGAAUUCCACAAGCUCCUCCACGAUACGGUCCUCGACGGCUUGCACGAGGGGCCUCAGGAGAAAGCCGCUGUGUCGCACUCGAAGACACAUCGUAUUGUUCUGACGCACGGUGACCUA